UCCAAGUCGCAGUGAGUUUAAUUUCAUGUCGUUAUGACACACAUCGGCCUAAAUUUACGUGUGACUGGACAUUGUAAUCAAGGGGGUCGCAAAUAUAUGGAAGAUGCUUUUGUUGUGGCCUAUCAACAGACCGAAGACCAAAAAGAUUUAGAAUACGCAUAUUUUGGAAUUUUUGAUGGUCACGGUGGCCGUGAAGCUGCUCUUUUCGCUAAAGAGCAUUUAAUGAAUAAUAUUGUUUGUCAAAAAUCUUUCUGGAGUGAUGAUGACAAUCAGGUUUUAAAAGCCAUUCGAGAUGGCUUUUUAGCAACACAUCAGGCUAUGUGGAGAGAAGUCGGUAAAUGGCCGAAAACUGUUAGCGGUUUGCCCAGUACAUCUGGUACAACUUCCAGCAUUGCAUUCAUUCGUCGUAGGAAACUCUACAUUGGUCAUGUUGGAGACUCGAAAAUUGUCCUUGGUUUUCAGCUACCUGGCCAAAGUGAAUGGUGUUCUUAUGCUUUGACAAAGGAUCAUAAACCAGAAAGUCCUGAGGAGAGGCAAAGGAUUAACAAAGUUGGUGGUCUUGUGCUUAACAAAGCAGGUGUGGAACGGGUGGUUUGGAAUCGUCCUCGUCCCGGACAUAAAGGACCAGUCAGAAGAAGCACACCAUUUGAUCAAAUCCCAUUCUUAGCUGUCGCAAGGUCAUUAGGAGAUUUGUGGAGUUAUAACUACCUGCGACAUGAGUUUGUUGUGAGCCCUGAUCCUGAUGUGGAUGUGAUCAAUAUAAAUCCUCGUAUGCAUCGUUGUGUGAUUUUUGCCUCAGAUGGACUGUGGAACAUGCUCACCACUCAGUGUGCAGUCAGAAUAGUCCAGACUGCCGAUGAAGAAAAUGAAAAAAUUAUACUGGAAAAUGGAAAAACAAAUGGUGCUGGGCGGCAGUUGAAUAAUCCAUCCAAAAUUCUGGUUGAUGCUGCUCUCAGGCACUGGUACGAGCUUGGAAUGCGAGCAGACAACACAAGUGUGGUUACUGUGAUGUUAGAUCCUCCAGGACCACCCAAAAGUGAAGUCCUCUUAAGACAGAGAGUAAUGAAGAGACUACGGCCAAGAGACGACCAAAUUGAAGAAGAAUGUGAUGCAAGUGAUGCCAGUGCAUUUGAUGUGAGCUCUCCAUCAGGUAGCAGAGAAAAGCGUAAGAUUAGUGAAGAACAAACACCUCUAAAAGAAAGAAAAAGGUCUUCUGAACUAACAGAACCUCCAGCCAAAGAAAGGAGACUUUCCACAGAUUCAGACGAUUCUAUUCCAAGAAAUUUACCAAAACCUGUUGUUUUGUCGCCAAAACGAGUUGAAGUGAAAUAUAAGGUUGUGUUUAAUCAUGCUGAUCAAGCGUCCCCAGCACCCGAGUCAAAUGUUCCUAAAGCUCCCGAGAAACCUCAGACAUACAGUAAACUGACAUCUGCAGAUGUGAAUCAACCCAAUGCAGAUGUUUUAGAUGUUAGGGCAAAGAAAAAAGGGCAUGACCCACCACAUGAUGAAGACAUUAUUAAAACGUCAGAAACAAAUUCAUGUGGUAAAGAUAUUAACUCUGUGACUUCUGGUUGCAGUCUUGAUAACAAAUCAUCAGUUAGUAUGUCUUCAUCCGAUGGGGGAGAGCCAUCUACUUCAAAAACAACUUCAAAUGAAAACUGCAACGACAAAAGUUACUUUCAAUCAGAUACAUCUACGAUUUGUCCCAGAAAGGGAGAUUCAGAUUCUCUGCUAGGUUCAGAAAACAGCAAAGAAAACGACAGAGUUCACUUGUGUGAAGUAGACAAUAUUUUCAAACUAACCAACAGGACUACAUAUUGCUUUGAUUCCUCAGAUAAUGUAAAGCAGAGUCCGCAGAAAGAUGAAAGUACUGUUGAACCAAAGAUGAAAAACUUCAGAAAGAGUACGCUUAGGCGGAGGAAUGAUUCCUUGUUUCAAAAGACAAUGGAUGUAAAGAAAAGAACACAUUCACUUAGAGCCAGUAAUUAUUCCUCCUGUAAAACUGAUUCUCGUCGAGAUUUUGGUCUUAAGACGCGUGCUCAUGGAGGUCUUCGAAAAUUAAAAGUGUAAAAAACUCUGUUUAAAUUUGAACCAGUAUGGAGCCAACUAUCUCGAUUUUUUAAAAACUUUCAGCUAUUUUAUUUCGAUUCUUUAUUAGCAAAUCAUAGUACUUAUAUAGUCACAAUUUUUUACAAUUGAGAGAAACUAAAAGUUAUUUAGUAGCAGGUACAUUGUUUCCUCUUCAAAAACCUAACCAAUAGAAAACAGUUUUUUCCUUUAAUUUUUUGAAAUAUAUCGUACUUUGAAUUUUAAUCCUUAAUUAUAUUUCAAUUUUGUUUUUAAGACAAAAUUGUUGAAUGUUUGAAGAUGAUUCAAGUGAGAAGAAAAUUUUUGAAAUGAAAAAGCAUGCUUUGACCUAAUAAAUCUGCAAGUGUAGCAGUAGGGAAAGUAAAUAUAUGUUAAGAAAAAUGAACUAUUUAUGCACUCAGCUGAGCCAUCAAUAAGUGAACGUUGUUUAGGCAGCUGAAUCCGGAGAUAAAAUUAAAUUAAAUAUUGCUGUGAUUGAUCUUUAUAUUUUUUAACUGGAAAAAUUAAGAGAAAAACGUUAUACUAAACUCAUUGAUUACCUGAGCUAAUUAAUCUCUAGAUUUAGCAGGUUGUCAAGCAACGAUAGUGUAAAACACAAGUAAGUUAACAGCAAACAAAUAUCCUCUUUUCGCCACUUUCGAUAGAUGUGAAAGUUAAUAAGAAGAUUUGCUUCUUCACCUCCUCAGUGAGAACAUGAUCUUAAUUCAUGGAAUAAAUGCAUUACAAACCACAUUAUUAAAGAAACACUGAAACUAAAUUCAAUUUCUGAUUGCAUGUGUACCAAUCCAUGAAAUUUGUUAUAGUAACUUUUUGGCAUUUCACUUGUAACCCGACUGACUCCUCUUCAGCACAUUUUGUCCACAAGGAUUGUCAGACAUGGAGGCACUAUAUAACACAUGCCUACACAUCAGCUUAAGUUUAGCCAUUUUGAAUUGGAUUUUUUCAGUGUUGUAGAGCUAAGGGUUACCACAGCAAAGUUUUGGGUUUUGCCAAACUGGCCAAAAAUAUUUUAUUUAACAAUUCAGCCUCCGCUAAUUAUUGCUUGCAGUGAAAAAUUAGCAAUUGCAAUAACUCGCUAGAAAAGAAGACCACUCAAACAGGUGCUUGGAUCCAAAAUGGCUGUUCUUAAGCUGAUGUGUCAUUUUCUCUCAGGAUAUUAAAAAUGUUUACUAACAUUUUUUUAGCAGUUAAUAAACAUAAAUUUCUUGUUAAAAAUUAAAAUUUAUUUUUCUUUUCUUGCAUUCUUUGUGUAGAAAGCUAUCAAGUAGCAUUUCUAUGGUUUUUCCAAAGAUUAAUCAUCUGGUAAACUUUCUAGUUUUCAAAAUCUGUAUUUUUAUUUCAUUUGUUUUAUUACACAAAAACAUAGGCAUUAUUUAAACUAUCAACUUUAGUGCUGAACAUUGUUCCUAUUUGAUGGUUUGGUCAAAAAUUUAUAUAUCACUAGCUGCGUUGCACGGUCUACCUGGAAAAUAAAAGUUAUGUCAAGUGAUGCAUGUUCAACAAUCGGGCUUGAACAAAAAAAAAAAAAAAAAAAAACAGUAACAUUUUGUGACAGAUUGCAAAAAAAACAACCAAAAAGGAAACAUUUUAAAUCCCCUGAUUACAAGAAAAGCCUCAACACAAAAGCUAGAAUUUUAUUUGUUCAUAUUUGAGAAAAAAAUGACAUCUUUGGUCUCGAUGAUUUUCUUCCCGCUACAAAUUUUAAUGAAGGCAUUGUUACAGAAAGUUGAGAUGAAGCACUGAAUUAUAAUUUAAAUGGUGGAAAGCCUUUAAAAAAAAAAAAAAAGAUUUUAUGUCAAAAUCUAAGUAUCAUAAUUAAUAGUUUUUAAUGGAUAUCUCCACAAAUUAUUGUCGGAGGAUUAUAUAAAAUAGUCAAACAUAAAGAUGGGAAAAUUAGGAAUCUUUCAUUGCCUGGUUCAAUGGUCAGUUCCUGGCAUUCGGGAGAAGUAACUCGGACAUAGGU